AUAUUAAUAUUAAGUAAAACACUAAAAGUAUCACGAAACUCGCAAAAUGCAAUAAACGAAUAUUGAAUAAUUAAUUCUUAAAAUCAAUUCAUUAUAUCUCUUUAAACCUAAAACGUAUUAUCAAUUGAAUUCAUGUUUAAUGAUUGUGUUUGUAUUUUAAAAUUAGACUGAUGGUCAAAAAAAGAAGAUUUACUAAGAAGUUACAUAAAUAUGCAAUUAUCCAUUGUUGAAACAUGAAAUAUCCAUCAUUGUUGAUUGUCAGUACAUUAUUGACUAUAAGAUUGUUUCAUCUAUACAUAAUUCGUUCAUGGUAUGUCCCAGAUGAAUAUUGGCAGUCUUUGGAGAUAGCUCAUUACCUUACUUUUGGCUUUGGAUAUCGUACUUGGGAAUGGGUCGUUGGUAUCAGAAGUUAUAUUUCCAUCUCUUGGAUUGUAAUGAUAUAUAAAAUUUUAAAAUUGUUCUCACUGGAUACAUUACAACUUAUAAUAUGGAGUCCACGCCUUUUACAAACACUUUUUUCAACAUUCUCGGAUUAUUGUUUUGUGUGCUGGAUGCAAAAACACACUAAAUGUUCAAAAAUAUUUUGGCCAGUAGUAUGUUAUAUGUCAAAUCCGUUUUUAGCAUAUUGUUCAACACGUACAUUAAUUAAUACAGUAGAAACCAACUUGACAACAAUUGCUUUGUAUUACUACCCUUGGUCAUUAAAAAGUAAAGAUGUCAAAUUUUUAUGGAUAGUUGCUCUUGUUUGUAUUAUGCGCCCAACAGCAAUAAUAGUCUGGAUUCCAUUAAUUCUAUUUGAUUUUUUUGCUCACAAACGUUACACUGUAAAUAAUUUAGCUAGAUAUAUUUGUAUUAGUCUUUUGGCAAUUAUUUUUUCUAUAACAUUAGAUUCAUAUCUUCAUGGUUCUUUUGUUGUAACACAGUGGAAUUUUUUGUAUUAUAAUAUUAUAAAAAAAGUCAAUGCUCAUUAUUCUGUUGAGAAUUGGUAUUGGUAUUUUGUCAGUGGAUUACCACCAGUGUUGGGACCUAUAUUUUUUGUAUUAAUUUAUUGUUUUAUCAAAAAAUUAAGGCACAUUAAUCUUUAUGAUACUGAUUCUAAAUUAGUAAUCACAGUAUUUUGGUCUUUGUCAGUGUUGAGUAUGGUUGCUCAUAAAGAACAACGGUUUCUACUGCCAUUGUUUCCAAUGAUAUUCUUUAUUACAUCUCAACAAAUUUCUAUAAUUUGUGAAAAGUUUAUAAAAUUAGGAACUCUUACAGUCAUAUUAAAUAUCAUUGUAUUAAUUUAUUUGGGACGAUAUCAUCAGAUAGGGUCUACCACUGUUAUGUCACAUUUAGCUAAGAUACCUCAAAAUUCAACAUUAUUAUUUCUAAUGCCAUGUCAUUCAACUCCACUUUACAGUCAUCUUCAUUUGAACAUAACUGCGAGAAUUUUAACAUGUGAGCCAAACCUUCAUGGCAUAUCAAAUUAUACUGAUGAAGCAGAUGUAUUUUUUGAAAAUCCUAAGAAGUGGCUUGAAGAGUCGUAUUUAUUUGAGAGUAAUAACAAUUUACCAACACACAUAGUUAUGUUUGACAAACUAUCAAAAAAAGUACAAUCAUUUUUAACUAAAGAAAAAUACAAAAAUAUUUUAUCAAUAUUUCAUACUGAUUUUCCAUCUGUUAGAACUGGUUAUUACAUAUACGUGUUUUCAUGUAUUGAAUACCCUAAUUAA